AUGAUGAGACACAAACAUCAACAACAUCACUCCUACCCAGAACCACCUGUUCUCACCACCUAUCUCAGAGACACAAAUAUCAACAACAUCACUCCUACCCAGAACCACCUGUUCUCACCACCUAUCUCAGAGACACAGACACCUAUCAACAUCACUCCUACCCAGAACCACCUGUUCUCACCACCUAUCUCAGAGACACAGACACCUAUCAACAUCACUCCUACCCAGAACCACCUGUUCUCACCCCCUAUCUCAGAGACACAGACACCUAUCAACAUCCCUCCUACCCAGAACCACCUGUUCUCACCACCCUAUCUCAGAGACACAAACAUCAACAACAUCCCUCCUACCCCAGAACCACCUGUUCUCACCACCUAUCUCAGAGACACAAACAUCAACAACAUCCCUCCUACCCCAGAACCACCUGUUCUCACCCCCUAUCUCAGAGACACAAACAUCAACAACAUCCCUCCUACCCAGAACCACCUAGACACAAACAUCAACAACAUCCCUCCUACCCAGAACCACCUGUUCUCACCACCUAUCUCAGAGACACAAACAUCAACAACAUCACUCCUACCCAGAACCACCUGUUCUCACCACCUAUCUCAGAGACACAAACAUCAACAACAUCCCUCCUACCCAGAACCACCUGUUCUCACCCCCUAUCUCAGAGACACAAACAUCAACAACAUCCCUCCUACCCAGAACCACCUGUUCUCACCACCUAUCUCAGAGACACACACACCUAUCAACAUCACUCCUACCCAGAACCACCUGUUCUCACCCCCUAUCUCAGAGACACACACACCUAUCAACAUCACUCCUACCCCGAACCACCUGUUCUCACCACCUAUCUCAGAGACACAGACACCUAUCAACAUCCCUCCUACCCAGAACCACCUGUUCUCACCACCUAUCUCAGAGACACAGACACCUAUCAACAUCACUCCUACCCAGAACCACCUGUUCUCACCCCCUAUCUCAGAGACACAAACAUCAACAACAUCCCUCCUACCCAGAACCACCUGUUCUCACCCCCUAUCUCAGAGACACAAACAUCAACAACAUCCCUCCUACCCAGAACCACCUGUUCUCACCCCCUAUCUCAGAGACACAAACAUCAACAACAUCCCUCCUACCCAGAACCACCUGUUCUCACCACCUAUCUCAGAGACACACACACCUAUCAACAUCACUCCUACCCAGAACCACCUAGACACAGACACCUAUCAACAUCCCUCCUACCCAGAACCACCUGUUCUCACCACCUACCUCAGAGACACAGACACCUAUCAACAUCACUCCUACCCAGAACCACCUGUUCUCACCCCCUAUCUCAGAGACACAAACAUCAACAACAUCCCUCCUACCCAGAACCACCUGUUCUCACCACCUAUCUCAGAGACACACAGACACCUAUCAACAUCCCUCCUACCCAGAACCACCUGUUCUCACCCCCUAUCUCAGAGACACAAACAUCAACAACAUCCCUCCUACCCAGAACCACCUGUUCUCACCACCUAUCUCAGAGACACAAACAUCAACAACAUCCCUCCUACCCAGAACCACCUGUUCUCACCCCCUAUCUCAGAGACACACACACCUAUCAACAUCCCUCCUACCCAGAACCACCUGUUCUCACCCCCUAUCUCAGAGACACAAACAUCAACAACAUCCCUCCUACCCAGAACCACCUGUUCUCACCCCCUAUCUCAGAGACACAAACAUCAACAACAUCCCUCCUACCCAGAACCACCUGUUCUCACCACCUAUCUCAGAGACACAGACACCUAUCAACAUCACUCCUACCCAGAACCACCUGUUCUCACCACCUAUCUCAGAGACACAAACAUCAACAACAUCCCUCCUACCCAGAACCACCUGUUCUCACCCCCUAUCUCAGAGACACAAACAUCAACAACAUCCCUCCUACCCAGAACCACCUGUUCUCACCCCCUAUCUCAGAGACACAAACAUCAACAACAUCCCUCCUACCCAGAACCACCUGUUCUCACCACCUAUCUCAGAGACACACACACCUAUCAACAUCACUCCUACCCAGAACCACCUGUUCUCACCCCCUAUCUCAGAGACACAAACAUCAACAACAUCCCUCCUACCCAGAACCACCUGUUCUCACCCCCUAUCUCAGAGACACAGACACCUAUCAACAUCCCUCCUACCCAGAACCACCUGCACUACUCUCCGCCGGGCCCCACACUCCAACCCCACCUCCAUGGGGGCCCCACACUCCAACCCCACCUCCAUGGGGCCCCACACUCCAACCCCACCUCCAUGGGGCCCCACACUCCUACCCCACCUCCAUGGGGCCCCACACUCCAACCCCACCUCCAUGGGGCCCCACACUCCAACCCCACCUCCAUAGGGCCCCACACUCCAACCCCACCUCCAUGGGGCCCCACACUCCAACCCGACCUCCAUGGGGCCCCACACUCCAACCCCAGCACCAUGGGGGCCCCACACUCCAACCCCACCUCCAUGGGGCCCCACACUCCAACCCCAGCACCAUGGGGCCCACCCUCCAACCCCACCACCAUAGGGGCCUUACACUCCAACCCCAGCACCAUGGGGGCCCCACACUCCAACCCCACCACCAUGGGGCCCCACACUCCAACCCCACCACUAUGGGGGCCCCACACUCCAACCCCACCACCAUGGGGGCCUUACACUCCAACCCCAGCACCAUGGGGGCCCCACACUCCAACCCCAGGCCCAUACUCCAACCCCAGCAUCAUGGUGGGCCCACACUCACAUACAGUACUAGCUACACACAGAUACACAAGCCCACACACUCAGCAGCAGCGACAUCAUAGUGGCUGUGUAGCUGGAGAGCUCUGA